CCAAAUAGUCUGGUCCCCAUGGCGGGGGCGGGGACCAGACUGACAACCAACCUGUUUAGUCUCGCUGUUUCAGAGUGUUUGACGUAUUCCAAGUUUCAUUUUUACUUUGCAUUGCAGUCUUUUGCAGCCCAAAUGAUGAGUUCAACAAAUGUAACCAAAGACGGGAUAAUAACUGCCGCAAAGCAGUUUAUAAAGUUUGUCAACAAGGGUCCAUCUCCAUUUCAUGUUGUCCAGGAGGUGAAAAAUAUCCUUACAUCAGCGGGUUUUAAAGAGUUGAGUGAAACAGAGCCAUGGUCGAUUAAGCCUUUAGACAAGUGCUUCCUGACCCGGAACCACUCUACCAUCAUAGCAUUCGCAGUUGGAGGAAAGUUUAAACCUGGCAAUGGGUUUAGCAUUGUUGGAGCACACACAGACAGUCCCUGUUUGAAGGUGAAGCCGCGCUCCAAAUGCAACAAGAGUGGGUUUCAGAUGGUGGGGGUGCAGUGUUACGGAGGGGGGAUCUGGCACACAUGGUUUGACAGAGACCUGACGCUGGCUGGAAGAGUAAUCGUUAAGAAUGGAGAUAAACUAGAACACAGGUUGCUGAAUAUUGAGAAACCAAUCCUGAAGAUCCCCAAUAUAUGUAUCCAUCUGAUGAGGGAUCACAACGAGAAAUUCUCUCCAAAUAAGGAAAACCACUUGGUUCCUGUGUUGGCAACAGCUGUGCAAGCAGAGCUUCAGGGUGUUCCAAAGGCUUCUGAGGAAAAUGGGAAAGAUGGAUUUAAAGAUGAAAAAGACAAACACCAUCCAUUGUUGGUAAAGCUGAUCUGUGAUCAACUGAACAUUCAACCAGAACAGAUGUCCGACUUCGAACUCUGUCUGGCAGACACCCAGCCAGCUGCAAUAGGUGGAGCUCUAGACGAGUUCAUAUUUUCACCCAGACUGGAUAACUUGCUCAAUGCUUACUGUGCCACUAAUGCCUUGGUUGAAUCAUGUAGUGGAGAUGGCUUAGUAGCAGACACCAAUAUAAGGCUGAUCUGUCUCUUCGAUAAUGAAGAAGUUGGUUCUGAAAGCGCCCAGGGGGCUGCCUCCACCCUACAGGAACUGGUCCUUCGCCGACUGAGUGCUGGGGGGACAAGCACAGCUUUUGAGGAAGCCAUUCCCAGGUCUUACAUGAUCAGUGCUGACCAAGCUCAUGCCGUCCACCCUAAUUACCCGGAGAAACAUGAAGAGAACCACAAGAUUGGGUUACACAAGGGUGUAGCCAUCAAAUUCAAUGCUAAUCAGAGGUAUGCCACUACAGCAAUCACUGCGUCCAUCCUCCGGGAGAUAGCGCGACGGGGACAGUGUCCUCUACAGGAAAUCGUGGUGAGGAAUGACUCAGCUUGUGGAUCCACUAUUGGGCCCAUCAUGUCAGCCAAGCUAGGAAUGCCCACUAUUGAUGUGGGAGCACCACAGCUCAGCAUGCACUCAAUCCGAGAGAUGUGUUGCACAAGCAGCGUCCUUCAGACCAGUCUUCUGUUCAAGGCAUUCUUUGAACAUUACCCAAGUGUGUUUUCAUCCAUGCAGUAACUUUGAUUCUCACCAUGGAGACAGCUAAGCAAUUCAGAAAUAAUGAUUAAGUCUUUUCUGUGAUAUGUGCACUGUUUAGUUCCACAGUUCUGUCCAUUAAAAGCAGUGCAUUUUGUACAUGUGCAUAUGAACAAUCAUUUUGUGAAAAUCAAUUGCAUUACAUUGAUCAGGGAAAAAACCCUCAGAUAUUUUAUUUAAAAACGUUAAUCUUUAAUAUUUUUUACUGUUAAAUAUAUACAUGUAUUCAACCAGUUUUAGCAACACCAGGGUAAUUUACUUUAAAAAUUCAGUUAAUGAUUAAAAUCAGAGCCUUUGAUCCGCUCACAUAGCAAUAUACAUGAGUGGUUUAAAAGUUCUAAUUUUAAUCAGAUUGCCUAAAAAUUCAAAUCAAAAUUUGUUAUAAACAGGACUGUAAAGUACAAAAUGUUUUUCAUUUUCAAUAAACAGUUUUACAAGCA